AUGGAUAACUGUUCUCAAGUGGCCAAUGUGUCCAGUUUCUUCAGUACAGUCUCUCUCUUGAGCUGGAUAUGUGCGCAAAUGCCCCAGAUCUUUACAAACUACAAGACUAAAUCUGCAGAAGGUAUAUCUCCCCUGUUUCUAUUACUUUGGUUCAUGGGAGAUUUCCUCAGUUUUACCAGUUGUUUGCUCAACGAUGUGGUUUUGAAGUUCCAGGUCUACCUCAGCCUUUUCUUCAUUUGUAACGAUUUAACAUUAUGUUACCAAUACUACUACUAUAAUAGUGUAUAUCCAAGAAAGAAUUUGGAGACGAUUUCAUCAAGCACAGAGCCAGAGGAACCCGUGCUAAGCGAGGGAGUGUCAAAGAUUGCAGAUGUUCACUCGUCAACAAAUCACAUCCACAUUCGUGGCCAUACUAAUCAUGACACCGAGACCCUGAGCCUAUCGCAGUCUGAAGGAUCUGAAUCGAGCAGUUUCGGAUCCACGGGACGGACCAAGAAAGCUGGUUUCUCAAGUAUGGCUGCAGUUGGUACCUUUAUCAACGCUGGUGUGGCCAAUGCUAUGGCUAUUCCCAAGGAUGGAGAAGUCACGACACUUUCUAAGGAGUCUCUUGGUCUAUUCCUUGCAUGGUGCUGCACGGCCGUGUACGUGAGCUCACGGUGUCCUCAGCUCUAUAAGAACUAUAAAAGAAAAUCUGUGGAUGGUAUUUCUCCGCUCCUUUUUGGUUCUGCUUUAAUUGGAAACCUCACCUACACUCUCUCGAUCCUCACAAGUUGUGACUUCGUUGAGGAUUCCAACAAGACACAGUUCUUUUGGCGUCAGCUUCCGUACAUUUUGGGAAGUUCAGGUACCGUCGUCUUUGACAUUGCAUAUUUCUAUCAGAGAUACCUUUAUCGGGACUACAGGCUGGGAGGACCGGUGAUGUUAGAAUCUUGGGAGAGCAUUGAGAGUCGGGGAGAGCAGUGGGAUUAA